UACAAAAUGGCAGCCCCCUCAACUGCAUCUGGUGUUAUCGCGUGAUGUGAAUCAAGAACAAGAACUAAGGUUUCUGCUAAAAUCAGGAUUUUUAAUGAAAAAAACAAAAUGAAUUCACCGAGACCAAAGUCCUCUAAGGUAAAAUCCCCCCAAGCAGAGAACCAAUCUCGUAUGGGUGCAGGACGGCCAAAAACCUCAGGCGGUAGAGCCCAGACUGGAUCCUCCAGACAGACUAAACAACCUUCAGCUGGAGCAACAGGGGGGUCUCGCUCCCAGCCUACCAGAACCCAGCCCCAGCCAGCUGCCCCAGGCACCAGGGCUCUGGUACCACGAGGCUCUCAUGGCAUAGCAGGUCCAAUGGGAGUCUUCAAUAAUCCAGACAAGCGGAUUGCAAUGACCAAGCACAAUGGCUUGCUCCAUCCUGAAGGUUACACCAUGCGACCAGUUAUCCCAGCUGAGAAGGCAGAGCUGGUGUCCGUCGCUCGUGCCAUGAAUCGAGAAGAAUUUGGACCACGCCUUAAGAAACUGUUUGAUCCUGAGACAGAGGCGGCCACUGAGGCAAUACAAAGUGGGGUGUAUAUCGGUUGGCGCUGCCCAGAAUUUACCUGGGAUUGCAUUCGUGUUGGGAGAGAGUCAAGAUGCUUCUGUGGACACAUACUAAGUGAACAUGCACCCUAUAAUGGUCGAAGUGUCUGCGUACCUUGCCGACAUUGCCCCUGCAAGGCAUUCGCCUUUAUCCCCGGCAGACCGGAGGACAUCGGGGAGUUUUGGUUCCAACGUCGGAGGGACUUUGAUCCAACAACGUGGCGGGCCAAAUGCCGCUGCAAACACACCCACGAAGAACACGACUGUACUGGGAUCAGGAGAUGUAGAAUGAGAAGUUGUGGAUGUAGUGGAUUCAAUUCUAACUUCCUCUGCGCGGCAUGUGACAGACACUGGGAACAACAUGUGACGGUAUUCGAAACGGAAGCUGACCGACAUCAGAAAAAAAUCCCAUAUGGCGAGGACUACCUGCCUUUUGCCGAGAUGCCCAACCUACGCAAUAUGGCCCUGACAGGAGUAGACAGUGACCCGGGCAUCUACAGAGACCUCGUCGAGGGUCAGGGUAACAUCCCCAAGGGCCGGCCAGCCAUUGGGCAAGACACCCCGGUCAAACCGCCCGCAAAGAGCGGAUUCAACCCCGUCUGGGACUGAUAGGGCUCAGUCACCCUGCUGUACAUGAUUGACCAGGCAUACUUUGAAUACCACGGAGGAAUCAGUGUCUCAACACACCCAUUUAUUAAGCCACUGCCAAAGUAGCUGACUGUGGCUUACAAGUCCAUAGGAUGUAGCUACAUCAAUGCUGGCUGGUAGCUUCCAUUAGGAGCGUGUGAUAGUCAUUUCUUUCUUGGCAAGUACUUGGCCUCGCUCAGAUGUAGAGUUGGAGAUUGCCCAGCAUAGAUCGUUUGUUUCGACAUCCAGUGACCUUUCACUUUGACAUUCCCCGAUGGCCCCUUUUUAUGUUGGAAAGCUCUGUGUUGGAUUUUGCAUGAAGUGACUGCUAUGGAACAGAGGCUCCACACAUUAUUAUAAUUAUCACAGUGCUUACCACCAUUGGUGGGGGCCAUUUUAAAUGACCAGUGAUAAUGUUAACGCAGUCAGAAGAUUCGCUUGUAUCAUUUUGUUGUGGAUGCAUACUUGAGAAUGAUAGAACCAUCAGUUCUAUGUGGAAUUUGCAUGUUGUAGCAGUGUUGUGGUGGGAGUCCAUCACAAGUCCCCGUAAGUCCCUCACAAGUCCAUCACAACUCCCCGUAUGUCCCUCACAAGUCCAUCACAA